CGUUUACAUUUUUUUAGAGUUAAGAGUAAAUUACAGUAUAAAUGUUUACAUAUCCUGAUACAUACAUUUGAAUGCCUGUGUGGCAUUAUUAAAGAGAGCUUGGGUGUAUUAUUCUUGUAUGUCAAUGUUGUUGGUAUAGGACAUCUUGUAUUCAGAACUUUUUGCACUAGGUGACUUUCCUCUUGUAUGCUAUGGUUGUCGGUACUGUUGUUUUAUAAUUCAGUAAAAGAAAACAUAUAAAUGGAGUCACAAAAAGACAGAGAAGGUUAUUUGGUAAUGGAUGGAAGCAAACUGGAAGGUGGUGGGCAGUUUCUGAGAAAUAGUGUUUCUCUAUGUUGUUUAACAAAGACACCCUUGGAAGUGGAGAAUAUUAGAAUGAAGAGAAGCACUCCUGGAUUACGGCCUCAACAUCUUCAUGGGUUACGUUUGGUGAGAGAUUGUUGUAGUGGUAAAUUAAUUGGUGAUGAAAAAGAAUCUACGAAAAUUCAAUUUAGAGGGAAUAAAGUUAUCGGUAGUAUAUACGAAGCAGACACGAAGACUGCUGGCAGUGUUUGUCUGCUUUUACAAAUAUCACUACCAUGCCUUUGUUUUGCUGACAAACCUUCAACUUUGGUGCUAAAAGGUGGUACUGAUGCAGAGAUGGCUCCACCGAUAGACUAUUAUAUGAAGAUCUUCCACCCUCUAGUUAGCAAAUUUGGAGUGCAAUUUGAAUGCAUGUUAGUCAGAAGAGGAUUUUAUCCACAAGGAAGAGGAGAAGUCAAAACCGUUGUUCACCCUGUAGCUGGAUUUCAACCUGUUUCGAUGAUUGAAUUUGGGGUUUUAAAAAGAAUACAUGGAACAGCAAUAGUAGCUGGGAAUCUACCUGUAAAGGUUGCUGAAAAAAUGGCAUCCUCUGCAGUGAAUCACAUCAAAAACACUUUAGGCAUCAGUGCAACUAUAGAUGCUUACAAAGAGGAUCGUCAAAAGGCUUUCGGGACUGGUUGCUCUAUUAUCAUAAUAGGCGAAACUUCGACAGGUUGUUUACUGGGUGGAUGUGCGGUUGGAAAAAAAGGUAAGCCAGCGGAAGAAGUGGGACAUGAUGCUGCCAACAUGUUAUGUGAAGAUCUUUUAACGAAACCUUGUGUGGAUCGAUAUAUGCAGGACCAGCUGAUUAUAUUUAUGGCCUUAGCUAGUGGCACGUCAAAGAUUAAGGUUGGUGACAUAACAAUGCAUACAAAGACAGCCAUUUACAUUGCUGAAACCAUCACCAAGGCUAAAUUUACUGUGGAAAAAGAAGGCGACUGUAAUUUGAUAACAUGUACUGGUAUAGGCUUUACCAAUGAGGGUGGGUGAAGAAUCAUGAUGAACAUGUAAAGACUUGUUGUGUUUUAAUAAAGAAAUAUAUGCAGAUUGUAUAAGC